AUGAUUUUUAAUAAAUACGUUACGAGCAACAACAUACAGAAUUUCAGCAAAGCUCAACCAGACUGGUAUGAGUUGUUGAGAACGAGAAAAAAGAUCGUUGAUUACCUUACCAACAACAAAUCACCUACUAUCACUCUUUGCAGCGACACCGAAAAGUGGGUCAUUAAUGGGGAACCGAUCACAGAACAGCUUAUUGGAUAUAGAGAAGAAUCUAUCGACAAAGCGAGUAAUGGAAAAUUGACAUCAAUUCAUGAAGAAUUGCUGCAAGAAAAGACUUUACAAAAUGCAAGCCAAUUAUUAAGCAGCUUCCCGACGAUUUGUUCGGAUAUAAUGAAAGAAUUGAGUGUUCAUUACGAAGUCUCUUUAAAAAUGGAAAGCUCGUUCACACUCGAUGCUAUCGAUCCCGUUCUUCUGCCGUUUUUUAAAGAAACUGAUUUGAUUAUGCGAAAAGGCACUGAUGGCCAAGUUACCGGAUCGAAAGCAAGAAGAGGAAAAGUAGGACGCUUUGUGGAUUUGUCGAUGGUAUUCGAAUUCGCGGGUAUGCCCGAACAAACAUUAGUAUUUGUGGAAAUCAAGGCGCCUUCCAAGGUUGCUGACGGUAGCAGACCUGAUUUCAUAAAAAUGGCAAAUGAAAUGAAAGGUAGCAUCGAUAAUUUCAUUGAAGAAGGAUUCGAUGACGAUGAAAUUUUUGCUACUGGAAUUUAA